CUGGUUCAACUUCAAGCUCAAGGCAUCAGCAUUGCACUCACUGGUCACUGCUCCAUCGAAUAUGGGAAGACUUUGUGCGGUCAGAAACUGCGGUAAAAUCUCUCCACAAAGGAGUUGUCAUCGGCUUCCUUUCCACAACCCUGAACUACUAAAGUUGUGGCUUUCAUUCCUCGGGUUUGACACAAACACCCCUGUAGAUGUUCUUCGAGAAGCUGACCAUCGUGUUUGUGCCAUGCACUUUCGGCACGAGGACUAUGUUCAAUCUACACGUUCUGGAAGAAAGUCUCCAACUAAACUCUAUCUGAUAAGGACAGCUGUACCGACGCUUAGUGGACCAAUGCUAGACGAAGAAGACCUUUGGGCUGUUGGUGGUGUAGAACCCCUUGUUUUCAAAGCUCCUGCAAAAGACCGGCCUUCUACCUCCGGCAUGUCCUUGGUCCUCACCAGCCCACAGCAACGGCUUCAGCAAUCCACCAAAUCCCCAAGGAAGUCUUUAUCUGGCAGUUACCUUGCUUUCCCUGUGAUCAGGGAGAGGCUGUCACUAUCUGGUAAGGUGAGUGAUGUCCGACAGAACCUACCAGAAGCACAGAAUGCUUCCCCUCAGGAAACCUCUACUGCUGAAGAGCCUACGACAGAUUUAAGACAUGUUCUCCCUUCAGAGCCCACGCUACAACAAUGUGACGACUCCCUUGGCGAGGUUAUGGACUUCCUUUCACUCCCUGCAAAAAACACCGGAAAACCCAGGGAGAAAUCAAGAGAUACCCAGAGAGAGUCCACCACUGUACAAGGCAGGAACAGCCUAAUUGCGGAUGUUGUUGUGAAGCUUGCUUGCCUGAUAGAGCUGUUUGAGAAGUGCUUAGGGUGCUGCAGUGAUGCCUGCAGUAUCACUACAGAACGCAAGGGACUUGCCUUCCAUGUGGUGCAGCAGUGCUGGAGCUGUGGCAAGACCAGGAACUGGGCGAGCCAUCCUCCAGACCACCAGCCACCUGACCCAACAGUCUCUCAAGAAACACCUCAAGAGUCAGAGCCCUUACCCGAAGACGUGGAGGAGGAGGAGGAUGAAGAGGAAGAUGUGGAGGAGGAGGAUGAAGAGGAGGAAGAUGAGAAGGAGAAACGGAAGUCAAAGAGGAAAAGGAAGGACAGUGAUGAAGAGUGGGAUCCAAGUUCUGAAGAGUUCAUGGAGACGAGCAGCGAGGAUUCUGAAGGUGUUGAUGAAGGGGAGGAGCAUAUUCUCCAGGUUGCGUGGUGCUGUGACUGUGGAGAGGAGGCCAGUGCCCGCUGCUUCAAGCAGAAACACCUGCAGCUCUACUGCUGUGUUAAGUGUGGCUACAAGGUCGGUGACCAGGAGCUGGACUGCACAGACGACCAACAAACCCAACACACCAUCAGCCCAGAGGCCCCUACUGCUGCAGACCAAGAGAGCUCUUGUGAUAUUAGCCAAGCAGCUGACCACGCAUGCAGCCCAGACGCCAACAGCAGUAACAACCAAACUGCUUCCAGUGAUCGUCUUGAAGAUUCAAAUAGCAUUAGCAAUCAAGGGGUCAUAAACUGUGAUGAGCUGCAUAAAACCAGAAAUGGCAACCAAGGGUCAAUUAGCAAAGGGUUAAUCAGCAGCAGCAGCCACAGAGUCUGUAGCGAUCCAAAACAGGGUUCUGUGAGCAGCAGCGACCACAGAGGUACCAGAAAUGAAAGCCCAGAAGACACCAGCAGUAGAAAUCAGGGCGGUAACACUGCGUCUGAAGUCGAGUCGUCUAACAGCUGCCACCAGGAAACUAGUGCAGCAAAUGAGGAGAGACGACACCCUCCAAAAUAUGCCGUCUACUUCAGUGAUCUGUACAGCCUGCAGACCCAUGUGGAAUACUCUCAUGGCUCUAAACGUGAGCUCUGUCCAGACUGUGGAAAGUUUAUCGACAGGCACGACGGCCGAACUUCGCACGUCUGUGAUCACAAAGUGAGGCUGUUCUCGUGUCUGACUUGUGGCAAGCGCUGCGUCAAUGAGGUAGGCCUCCGUAGACACAGUUAUAUGCACACCGAAGACUAUGUGCUUCCCUGUCAAUGCUGCUACAAGAAGUUCAGGUUCCAGAAAGACAAGCAGGAGCACGAGGAGACCCACAAGGGGGAGAGCUUGAAGUACCGCUGCUCCGAGUGCCCCAAACGGUUUGCAAAUCGCUCCAGUCGAAACGCUCACAGGAAGACCCACUGGAAACAUGGUAGGUUUUUCUGUAAUGUUUGUAACAAGGGCUUCCCCGAUCCCCAUCACCUCAAGAGACAUGAGUUGGUCCAUACGGGAGUGAAGCCCUACAGCUGUAAGCUAUGCAACUGUUCCUUCAACCAACCAGGCCAUCUCAAGUCCCACAUGCGCCUCCACACAGGGGAGAGACCCUUCAAGUGCCAGGACUGUGGGCAGUGCUUCAACCACAACGUCAGCCUCAAGAACCACAUCCAGCGCAAACAUGGACCAGUAGCUGAGGGGGAUUAGGUUGCGGCAAGGAGAUGAGAACCUAUGUUCCGGAAAGUUUUCACAGGCUACCUCUACACGAGUCAACUUGGAAGCAGUGGCUUGUUGUUUUGCAAGUCGAUGUAGAGACCCCUAUCCAUAUACUAAAA